ACCUGUUACUAUUCCAGUAGUUGAGCUUGCACUAAAAGAGUUUGUUUUAAAUUAUCAGCACAAAACAAUUUUAAGUGAUACUAUACUAAUUGAGAAAGCAAAGUUACUUGCUGCUAGAUUAGAGCAAGUAAAGCUACAAGGUGAAGCUGUAUCUGCAGACAAUAUUGCUAUUGUUAAUGCAUUACCAUUGAUAAGAUCCAAAUACGCCAGUUAUUUACUUGAUAGAAUAUACAAUAUAGAUGAAACUAGGCUCUUCUAUCGAUUAGAACUAGAUCAUAUCUUGGCAACCUACUAUAUUGCUGGACACAAAACUCUUGCUUAUGAAGUUCCUGAUGAUGAUUGUGCUAUUUCAGAACUUAUAGAAAUUUUUAAAGAAAGUGAUACUAUAGAAUAUUUAGAUAAUGUAAAUGAAAUAGAUAAUAGGCUAAAGGUUCCUAUAGUUAGUACUGAUUCUGCACUCGAAGGUUUAGAAACUGCUUAUAUAUAUCUACUACAACAAGAUAAUACAAGUAUGCAGUUAAAAUUAGUAGAUAAAAUUAAAAAAGCAAUUAAAGAAAAAAAAUAA